CAAUAUUUCUGUGACAUUUUCCCCAAAUCAAAAAAAAUGUAUAUUUGAAGUUUGAACCUUGAAGUUGAUAGAUAUAGAUAAAAAAAGUGAACCCAUAUCUCUAUUGUCUUGUUAUGGCUUGGUUUACCAGAAUACAAAUCAUUCUACUGUUUGCAGUAGUAACUUUGACUCAGUCAAAUGCGUACGACAAAGAAAUGACUAUCAAUGUAGAGGCCGGAACGAUGGACUGCUUUUAUCAGCACGUCAAAACCGGCGAAGUGAUAGACAUCGAUUACCAAGUCAUCGACGGAAGCCAUGGCGACUUGGACAUAAGCUUCACCCUUUCAGAACCUGUGGGCUUGAUAAUCGUUUCUGAUUUUAAGAAAUCCGAAAAUAUCCAUCGCUACGAAGCAAAGAAAGAUGGAGAUUAUCGUUUUUGCUUCGACAACAGCUUCAGCACUUUUAAUCGGAAAACUGUGUUCUUUGAAUUGGUUGUUGAAAAAGAAGGCGGAGAAAACGAUGCCUGGCAUGAUAUACUUGAAGGAUUAUCACCUGAGGAGUUUUACGAAAUGAAAGUUCAAGAUAUCAUGGACUAUAUUGGACGCAUUCGAAUGCAUAUUGUAAAGGCUCGGCAACUCCAGGACGUAUUGCGCUCCAACGAAGCAAGGGACCGUAAUAUCGCCGAAAAUAACUACUUUAAGGUGAAUUUCUGGUCUUUCUUCCAGAUUUGUGCUAUGAUAUUAGUUGGCGGGUUACAGGUUGUAAUGGUGAGAAGCAUCUUCGAAACGGACUCCAAACUAAAGUCAUUAUGGCACAAAUUGGGUCUAUAAUUGAGUAGAUAAACUCUUCAAACUAUAACUUCCGAAACUCAGCCCGAUUAAGUUUUGUUUCUCAACCAAAGAACAUAUUUUCAAUCAUCAUCAUCACAAUAAUUUCUUUCUUGUUGCCAUUUAAUUUUUAUUAAGUUUAAACACAACCAGUCCUACAGUAAAUAUUUUUAUUCAUUAUCUCGAAAAUAAACAAAAAAUCCAUUAUAUAAAAAAAUAAAACAAA